AUGGCUACCAACAACAGCGUUACCAAAAAUCAGAAGACUAAUUUAAUCGUUAUUACAGGAAAUGAUGAAACAUUUCAAAAUCUUCUCUCUAUUAUUCAAAAAUCAGAGAACUGUGGUGAAUUAUCUGGUAUAACAAGAAGUAUUAUCCCUGAAUCUACUGAAAACACAACAAAAGUAUCAUAUAAACGUCGUAAAACAGAUUUAACUUGUGUAAUAUGUGAUGAUAAAUGUUCUGGGUACAAUUUCAAUGUAAUUUCCUGUGAAUCAUGUAAAUCUUUCUUCCAUAGAAAUGCCUCUCAUAAUGUGAACGAUCUAAAAUGUUUAACUAAUACUAACAAGUGCGAUAUAAAAUUUAAAAAUAGACGUCGAAUGUGUAGACGUUGUCGACUUGAGAAGUGUUUGUCAGUUGAACAGCUUGAAACUACUCAAUUACCUCUUAUUCAACAAAUUAUGCCACUCCCACAAAACGUUUCCCUCACUCUUGACGACUACAAUCGUCUCAACUCAGUUAAACUCUCCUACGACAUAGCUUUUCGACUCACAACAACCAAACAGGGUAUAUCUGCUUUCGACCAUAUAAGCGAUCGACGUUCGGGUUUACUUUAUUCAACUUCACUCUUGUAUGAUCUUGGUAUGAAACUCAUUACAUUCAUUCGGAGUAUUCCUGAAUUUGAAUUUCUUAAUGAACAAGAUCGUUUUAUAUUAUUUAAAUACAAUUCUCCUUUGGUACUUUACAUGCGUAUAUGUCUAUGUUACGAUAUCGAUAGAGAUCUUGUAUUUGAUCCGGAAGUUCAAAGCGAAGAAUAUGCUAUCGUUUGCAAACAACUAUCGCAGUAUUGCUUUGGAAAACAAUUGGAUUCAGCAUCAACUCAACUGUUUCGUUCGAUCAAGAAUGUCACUGACGAUGAUCCAAUUAUUUUGCAAUUGAUGCUGAUUAUAUUGACAUUUACCAAAAGUCUCUCAGUUGAAAAUAUUGUAGAAAACGAACAGUCAACCUUUAUGAAUAGCAAACAAGUUGAUGAAGCACAAUCAAUCUAUGCGAGCCUACUUUUUCGCUAUAUGAUUAAAAAAUAUUCUACUUAUUAUCAAGCAGCACGCCAAUAUUCACAAUUGAUACAAAGAAUACUUCAAACGCAAAUGUUAAUACGGACAUUUCAACAAUUUUUCCAAGAACAAUUAGUUGACACAAGGGAUGAUGAACUUAAUCCUAUUAUGAAGUCAAUUUUAGGUUUGCACUAG